AAUUGCAGUGCUUGGGAGAAGGGAAAGAAUAUACUGCAAAGUGCAAACUAUUUUCAACUCAUGGUAGAGAGAGAGAGAGAGAGAGAAGUGUCGCGUGGAGAAUUUUGGAGGAACAGUUUUAAAUUAAUGGCCGAGAUGUGCUUCUGUAAGACAGAGAGAGAAAGAGAGAGAGAUUUUAACAGUUUUAAAGAAGUGGCCCAUACGUGUGCGUGAGAGAUGGAUAGAGAGAGAGGGAGGAACAGCUUUUAACAUCAUAUAAAAAAAAUAAAGAAACUAAUGGCAAGAAGGCAACUUGAAAUUGGGUGCUCUAAAUUAGGGCACUUGAAUCAUUGAUCAGUUAUUUGAUGGUCUGCUCCAAUUAUAUAUAGUAAGAAUUAAGCUUUUCCAUUUUUUUUUGACUCCCCAUGUUUUUUUUUUUCUGUUGAUUUGGGGAGGAUGAAAAUUGGUGCCCUUUGUUGAGGAUCAAAGGGAAAGUGUGGGGUGGGAAUGGGGGUGGAUUAUUACAACGUGCUGCAGGUGGAAAAGGAGGCCAACGAGGAAGAUGUGAAGAAGGCAUACAGGAGGCUGGCCAUGAAAUGGCACCCCGACAAGAAUCCCAACAACAAGAACGAAGCCGAAACCAAGUUCAAGCAGAUCUCUGAGGCAUAUGAAGUGUUGAGCGAUCCAGAGAAGAGAGCAGUGUACGACCAAUAUGGGGAGGAAGGGCUCAAGGGCCAGAUCCCGACUGCGGGCGCCGGCGGGCGCGGUGGAUCCGACGAUUCCGGCACCUUUGCCUUCAAUCCAAGAAAUGCAGAGGACAUAUUUGCUGAGUUCUUCGGCAGCAGCCCCUUCGACUUCAUGUCCGUCGGCCAUGGCUUCAGAUCAGCUCGUUAUGGCCCGGACUCCGGCUUGUUCAGAAGAGCUGAAGGAAUGUUCAGAUCGUUCUCCGAGAGCGGCACAUCUGCGAGCUGUGCGCCGUUGAGGAAACCGCCGCCGGUGGAGAGCAAACUGCCCUGCAGUCUGGAGGAACUCUACACAGGGUCCACAAGGAAGAUGAAGAUAUCCAGGAAGGUCUUUGAUAAGCUAUCAGGGAAGAUGGUUCCAGAACAGGAGGUGCUCACCAUUGAAGUGAAGCCUGGUUGGAAGAAGGGGACGAAGAUCACGUUCCCGGACAAGGGAAACGAGCAACCGAACCAGGCGGCUGCGGACCUCGUCUUCGUGAUCGACGAGAAGCCACACGCGGUGUUCAAGAGGGACGGCAACGAUCUUAGAGUGAGCCGCAGCGUCACGCUUGUUGAAGCUUUGACAGGAAGCACGGUGGUGGAGCUGACCACUCUGGACGGCCGGGAGCUGGCCGUUCCGGUGACGGACGUGAUCAGCCCCGGGUAUGAAUGGGUUGUUGCCGAAGAGGGGAUGCCUAUAACCAAGGAGCCAGGUCGGAAGGGUGAGCUGAGAAUCACGUUUGAUGUCAAGUUCCCGGCGAGGCUGACGCCUGAGCAGAAAGCUGGCAUGAAGAGAAUACUGGGAGGAUAAUCCAUCAGACUGGGUCCAAAUCUCUCGUAAAGAACAGUUUUCGUGGCUAGACCUGAUCGGCUGCAAACAUGUUGCCAGAAGGAUCCUACAUCGGUCAAUCUCAUCGGCCAUUAUUUCAUGAUGGGAGCCGUCAAAAUUACGCUAAUAAUGCUUACAAUUUCAGUAGUUUAUAAAAAAGGUAGUGAUUGAGACUAGUAUUUGUAUGGAAAAGUCAGUGUUGGCGAAUGAUUAAAAUGUAAAUUUUUGUCUCUAAAAUACUAUAAAUCGUCAA